AUGCCUCCUCGCUCCCCUCGCGGGCAUUCGCCCAGCCGAUCACCCCCCGCGCAUACGCGGUCUCGAUCCCGAUCUCCACGUCCUCGUGAGGACUCGCGUCCACGAAGUGCCACCCGCUCGCCUUCACCUCCACGAGGCCGAACUCGAUCGCGCAGUCGUAGCAGAGACAGUCGACGUUAUCGAAGCCGAAGCCGAAGCCACAGCUAUAGCCGAUCACCCAGCCGAGCCUCGAGUCCAGUGAAAAGCGCCAAGAUCGUGGUGGAGAAGUUAACAAAGAAUGUCACGGAAGCUCAUCUCCGCGAGAUAUUCGGUAGCUUUGGAGAUAUCGAAUACCUCGAUCUCCCAGUUAAUCGAGCCUUCAUGACGAAUCGAGGCACAGCGUACAUCCUGUACUAUGACCCCGCCGACGCGGAAGCAGCUAUCCAAACCGAGACCGAGGAAAUGGAGGCCGUUCCGGCUUCAGAAGGGGCUCCUAUGCCAAAUCGCCUCCGCGCCGACAGGGUCGCGGUGCACGCGCUGGCGAACGCCACGAUGUGUAUAGGCCCAAGUCUGUAUCGCGCUCGCGGUCCCGAUCUCCAGUACGCAACCGAUCCUAUUCUCGAUCUCGAUCUCGCUCGCCGCCAAGACGAGGCAGUACCCGGCCAAAGAGUUCUGGCCAGCGUCGACGGAGAAGCCCAAGCUAUAGUAGCUAUGACGAUAGUAGCCGUGGUGGAAGAACUCCGACACCGGACAGAACUCGCAGUCGCAAUCGGCAUUAGACCCAGUGACAUGUUCAUGUUUAUCAACGGUCCCUACCCUAGGCGGAGAAGAAAUAUCAAAUCUUAUCACCGCAUACACCAUUUAGCAUUCAUUACUCGCCAACUAAUCUAG